CCCCGCAAUUAAUGGUUAACAGGCCUAACAAUUUUAAUUUUUUUUAUGAUCAAGACCAUAAAGGUCCCUAUGUCGUGUAUAUUGACAAAAUCAGUAAAGAUAAUGAUCGAGUAGGAAUAAAUACAGUCAGUUUAACGCGAACUAUAUUCAAUUUGAAAAUUCAAGGUGUUUUGGAUAUAAGGAAAAUUGGUUUCGGACGUAGUAAAAUAUUAUUAAACAGUGCAUCAAAUGCUAAUCUGCUGGCAGACAAUAAUACCCUAAUCCAAAUGGGUUACCAACCUAAAAUUUUUUCGCAUUUUGUUUCCAAAAUUGGCAUAAUCUUUGGCAUACCGGUAGAUAUUCCUGAUGAGGAACUCUCCGCCGCUAUAAGUUCCGAAAUUCCUAUAAUAAAAAUGAUGAGAGUGACCAGGAUGGUAGAAGGAACACGUUUGCCUACCCAAAGAGUUAAAAUAUGGUUCAAAGGUCUUAACCUACCACAAACUGUCAAAAUCUAUGAAUUUCACAGAAAAGAGGUCAAGCAUUUCAUCCAAUUUGGUAGAUGCUAUAGAUGCUAUAGACAUGAACAUACGGCGGAACACUGCAAACAAAAAAUAGAGUCAUGUAAACGUUGUUUUUCUCCUCAUGAGAAAAAUGAGCCUUGUGCUGAAAAAAUAAUCUGUAUCAAUUGUAAAGGUGAUCACAGCCCAUUGGAAAGAGGCUGUCCUGCCAGGCAAAGAGCGUACGAAACCAAAAGAAUCAUGACAAUAGAAAACUUGUCCAAAAAAGAAGCUAGAGAGAGAUAUGCAGGUCAUUUUAACUCAUAUAGCAUACUCGAUGAGGACAUCGACAAAAAUUUCCCAACACUAGAAAGGUCCAACAAAAAUUCUAAACACCCCAGUGGCAACAACAACACCAUUAAUAAUUACACUGAAUCAGCUAACUUCAUUCAUGCUAGAUCAUCAUAUGCAAGAGUAGCGAAAGUUAACAAGAAUAGAAUUAGAGAGCAGGAAAAUGCUAGAAAAAAUAUGAGGGAGUACAAGGAUGCUUUGGAGGAAGGGGAAAUUUACUCCUCCCCCAAUGGGUCACAAAUACGUAAAACCCAAGAAAUUCUAGACACUGUGCUAAACAACAUCAAUGAACUAACAUCCGAAAAAAUAGGAAACCUAAAGAAACUACCAGUAUUAUCCAGGAGAUUAUCUCCUCCAAUUCCAAAUAAUCUAUUAUGACGCUUAAAAUACUGCAGUAUAACAUACAAAGUAUAAACAAAAUUGAAAAUAAAAUCAUCCUUGAACUCUUUCUUGAGAAAGAAAAAAUUGACAUAGCUCUUCUAACCGAAACUUGGGUCAGAGAUGAAACAAGUACCAAUCUUUGCAACUACAAUUUUUAUGGAAAAAAAAGAGACGAUGGCUACGGUGGUGUGGGCAUCUAUAUCAAGCGCAAAUUUAAAUACUCACUCAUUAAUUUUGAUAAUGAACAUGAGGUAAUUGGAAUCUCUAUAAUGAAUAUCAAAAAUCCUUUCAAUAUUGUAGUUGUUUAUAUACCUCCUAAUACUAAUAGAUCUAAUUAUAUAGACAUAAUUACAGAUGUUUUUCAGAAAAUCAACUGUCUUAAACAUCCUACCUUACUUGUGGGUGACUUCAACGCUAAAUCCAUUUCUUGGGGAAAUACCCACACCGAUCCCUUAGGGGAUGUGCUUGCCAGGUUCGCGGAUAUUAACAACUUCUCAUGUCUCAAUACUGGAGAGCCCACUUUUGUUUUAAAUAAUACACGUUCAGCCAUUGAUAUUGCUUUUUCCAACAGUACUUUCUUCAACUUUUCUUGGUCAGUCAGACAGAACAAAAUUACAAAUAGUAAUCAUCUACCUAUCAUUAUUGAAACUUGCAACAAAGUAGCCAUUAAAAAUAGUAAAAUACUGCAUAAAGAUAACCUCUACAAUGAUAUCAAAGGUAUUAUUGUUGAGGACAACUUACAACAAACUAAUAUCAAAAUAAACCAAGCCAUAACCCGGAAUACAAUUGUGGUGGAUUCGAAUAACAAAUAUGUUCCCAAACCGUGGUGGAACGCCCAGGUGAAUGAUCUAUAUAAUGAAAGAGCUGCACUCAGAGAAAUCUAUCAAAAAACCAACUUAUUCACAGAUGCCUGUAAUUUAGCGAGAAUAGAAAGGAAACUUUACAAUCUUAUAGCCAAAUUAAAAAAGAAAAAUCUUAAAAAGUUACAAAGCGACAUAUCUGGAAAUGUUCCCAUCAAAGAAGUAUGGUCUAAAAUGAAGAAUGUCAAAAAAUAUCAGAAAAUCAAGUCACCCAACAAUACCUGGAGUGAUGAACAGAACGAAAACUUUUUAAAACACAUAACUAGUUCUUCACGUAUCUGUUCCAAACCAACUUCUGUUGUUUUUGGAAAUAUUGGCACAAAUAAACCGGAACUUCAAAUAAGUGACAUGGAAAGUUUUCUUGUCAAAAGGAACAUAAAUUCAGCUCCUGGACCAGAUCGAAUUUCAUACAACAUCAUUAACAAUCUGGAUGCUUCUGAAAAAAAUAAAUAUCUCAAUGUGCUGUUGCAACCAUGGAAAGAUGGCUCAUUUCCGAGUGAGUGGCGCAAUAUUAAAAUAGCCCCUAUACCCAAACGAAACAAAGAUUUAUCCGACGUUAAAAAUUAUAGACCGAUUGCUCUCAUGUGUGCCCCACAAAAAAUACUUGAAGCUGCGAUCAAACCUUUAAUAUUAGAACACAUAGAGACUAAGAAAAUAGUUCCAAAAAGUUCUUAUGCCUUCUCCUUGGGUAAAUCCACCACAAAUUGUAUAAAUGACCUAGUUAACACCAUUGAAAUUCACAAGAAAAACAAAAAUACUGUUGUUGGUGCCUGCAUUGACAUCGAGAAAGCUUUUGAUAACACCGAUAUUGGUAAACUAGCAUUAAUCCUUUUUAAAUCAGGACUCAACACCCAUAUCAUAAAAUGGAUCUAUGAUGGCAUGUCACAGAGAACAUUACUAUUGGGUAACAAAUCCAUAUCAGUCUGCAAUGGAAUUCCUCAAGGCAGCGGUUUGAGUCCCAUACUUUUCAACAUCUACACGGCUUCGCUACACCAAAUAAUUGACGAUAGCUGCAAUCUAUUUCAGUUUGCUGAUGAUUUCUUCAUCAUCUGCCAUGACAAAAACAUCAACAACGCCAAAACUACGCUGCAAAGCAAGAUAAAUGAUUUUCAAGAAUUAUGCGAUAAAUUAUCCUUACACUUCAACAUGGAAAAAAUUAAUACUGUCCACUUUAGCAGGAAACCUCAACAACUAGGUAUCAUCAUUAACAACAUCAGACUAAAUCAAACAAAUUCAAUCAAAUAUCUUGGGGUAACCAUUACAUCUAGUGGUUCAGCUAAAGUACAUAUGAAUGAAUCAACAUCGGCUGUCAAAUCUAGUUGCAAGUUCUUAAAAAUUUUGAGUGGUUGCAAAUUUGGUAUCAAUCCAUCUAGAGCGUUGCAUUUUUACAAAGCAUUUGUCAGAUCCAAAAUCGAAUAUGGCGCAUCAUCCUUAUCAAAUUUAACAAAAGAAUCUGAAAAUAGACUCAAAACAUGCAUUCAAGAAAGUCUCAGAAAAGCCCUUGGACUCAUAAGAUCAACUCCUACCGCUAUUAUCUACAAUUUAUCAUGUGAACUACCUCCUAGCUACAGAUUUCAACUUGCUACUGCCAAGGAGCUUGCUAAAUGCGUUGCUUUUAACCUUCCUGGUGCUGAAAUCAUAAGAAAUAAUACAAGCAUAAAUACCAGCUAUGCCAAGGUAUGGUCAAAAUUUGAAAAUAUAUUAUCAGAUAUUGCUAGUACUAAAGUCCAGGGUUCAAAUUCUUUGAUAAUUAAAGUUGACACUUUCUUUUUCAAGGGAACCAACUUUAAAAAAGCGGAAGCCAAUCACGAAAUAAUUACCGCAAUUGCCACUGAAAAAAUUAAUAAUCUUAGGAAUGCCGGAUAUGAGAUUUUCUCCACUGACGGUUCAGUCAACAACAAUGCCAUUGGGGCUGCUUUCUACCAUCUUAAUACAAAUACUACAAUGUCUUUUUGCGCCUCAAAAAAACUAUCUUCAAUGUCAGCCGAAGUUCUAGCUUUUCUCAAAACAGCUGAGUAUGCAGAAAACAAUGAAAUUCAAAAAUUUGCCAUUCUUACUGACAGCUUAAGUGGUAUUCAGGCCAUCAGCAACCAAAAGCAUAGAAAUUAUUUGAUUGAUGCUUUUAUAAACAAGAUUAAUAGUUUUGCCACUGACGUACAAAUUCACUACAUUCCUGGUCACUCCAACAUUCCCAUUAAUGAAAUCGUUGAUAUAGCUGCAAAAAACGCAAUCCAGAAUGGAACUAGUCUUGAAAUUCCAUGGCCCCUAGCGGAUGCCAUUAAUCAAAUAUCGAAUAUACUCUGGGACGAAUGGAGCAGCGAAUAUCAUUUAAUAGCUCAAAACGGUAAUUCUCAUUUUUAUAAAAUCUUUCCUUCUUUAUCCAGAACACCUUGGUUUAAAAAUUGUAAAUUUAAUUCCUUUUCUCAAAAACAGAUAAAUCGUGUACUUAGCGGCCAUUGUUUUUGCAAGAAUACACUAGCCAAAAUGAAUGUUGUUACAUCUAAAUUAUGCCAUGAUUGCGGGGUUGAUGAAACUGCUUCCCACAUUAUUUUUGAAUGCAGUAAGUAUAAUACCAAACGGAGAUGUUUCCUAACACUAUGCGAUUUCUUCACUGUUGAAGACUUCGUAAAUUCACAAGGCUUAGAGCGUCUGAACAUAGUAGCUAAAUUCCUCAAAGAAGCUGAAAUCGACAUUUAAAAUAUUGCCAACACUGAACAUGCCAUUAAAUCGUAGCAAAGCUACAUACGGAUACAUGGCACUAAACCUUCUAUCCCUAUAGAAAGUGGGCCAACCAAAAUAAUACAUAAAAAAAAAAAAAAAAAAAAAAAA